CGGCCCGCCGCGCUCGCCGCCACUCACCCCCAGCGCGGUGCUCCCGCCAAUCCCGACACGGCUCUCACGACCCUGCUCCAACGUCGCCACCCCGAGCAAAGUCCUACGAGGGUCUCGGUCGCCCCCCCAAACCGCGCCUGUCCCCGGAUGCGGCUCUUCCCCGCGGACCCGCUCAGGGGCGUGGGCGGGGCUGUCCCGCCCCGGCCGCUGCGGGGAAGCAGGUGCCCGGAAUGCUGGGGAUGCACGGGGAGCGCAUCCGACCGGCCAGCGAUGACGUCUGAAGGCGCACCCCCCGCCCCCCCGCGGCCCCGCGGCGUCUCCCACACCUUACCUCACCCAACAGCGGCGGCAACUCCGCUUUACGGCGUUCCCAGCAACCGCUGCAAAAGGUGCCGUCAAGCGCAGGGCCGUGGCUGCUCCGGUCGUCGUCGGAGACCACCGCGCGGCACUGCCCCGGGCGUCGGCGCGUCCGCAGCUCCGGCCGCGGCCUCCCCGAUCCCUGAAGCUCUCCUGCCUGUUGCCAUCUCAUCGCUCGGCACGCUGAGGCGACCUGAGGCCUGGAGCUGCAGCAAGGACCGCAGAGGCCCCAGCCGAGCUGUGCUGCUAAGAGUGUGAGCUUGCCAGCGCGUGUGCUAUGCAAAGGGAUUCAGAGUAACUCCCUGAAUUCUGGUCUGGGGACCAUCCAUCAGGUGAGACGGGGAUGUAGUGGGAAAUAGCCUGUUCUUGCUCAGGAGGUGGAGAUGCAGGACAUCCAAGCUCCAGGGGGAAGUACACACGCAUACAGUCCCGGCUCUGGUCUUCUUUUUUCUUUUAAUAUUUUAUUUAUUUACUCAUGAGACACGCACAGAGAAAGAGAGAAGGAGGCGGGCAGAGAGAGGCGGAGACACAGGCAGAGGGAGAAGCAGGCUCCGUGCAGGGAGCCCGACGCGGGACUCGAUCCUGGGACUCCGGGGUCACGCCCUGGGCUGAGGGCGGCGCUAAGCCGCUGAGCCGCCCGGGCUGCCCCCGGCCCUGGUUUUCUUAACUUCACAGUGAAAUCCAAAGGAUUGGUAAGAAUCAGAUAUGUAUCGAUUUUGACGUCAAUUUUGUAUAAAGCACUAAAUACUGUAAAUUUUGUUUAUACAAAGAUUACUAUUAUCAGUCCAUCGUAAAAACUGAAAAUACUUUUAUAUAUCUGAGUUUUCUAAACUCUGUUUUUUUGGAACAUCAUAUAAUGGUUUUUUUUUUCUUUUUUACCCCCCCGCAUUUCCUAUAAUACCAGUUUAUUUUUCCUUUUAGAAAUUUUCCGUGUACAUACAAACUUAUUUUGUCCAAGUCCUCUUAUUACUUAAGAACUAGUUCUGUUAAAAAAAAAAAAAAAAAAAAAACUAGUUCU